AUCUCCAUGGAUGAUGAGGCCGGCCGGCGCAUUCAAAAUGGCGGAGAGCGGGGCGAGCGGCGGCGGCGGCGGCAGCGGCGGGGACAGCCUGGACAAGAGCAUCACGCUGCCCCCCGACGAGAUCUUCCGCAACCUGGAGAACGCCAAGCGCUUCGCCAUCGACAUCGGCGGCUCGCUGACCAAGCUGGCCUACUACUCCACGGUGCAGCACAAAGUCGCCAAAGUGCGGUCCUUCGACCACACGGGCAAGGACGCCGAGCAGGACCACGAGCCGCCCUACGAGAUCUCGGUCCAGGAGGAGGUCACGGCCCGCCUACACUUCGUCAAGUUCGAGAACACCUACAUCGAGGCCUGCCUGGACUUCAUCAAAGACCACCUGGUGAACACCGAGACCAAGGUCAUCCAGGCCACCGGAGGCGGGGCCUACAAGUUCAAGGACCUCAUUGAAGAGAAGCUGCGACUGAGGGUGGACAGGGAGGACGUGAUGACCUGCCUCAUCAAAGGCUGCAACUUUGUGCUGAAGAACAUCCCCCAGGAGGCCUUCGUGUAUCAGAAAGACUCAGACCCUGAGUUCCGAUUUCAGACAAACCACCCCAACAUCUUCCCCUAUCUGCUUGUCAACAUCGGUUCCGGAGUCUCCAUCGUGAAGGUGGAGAGCGAGGACAGGUUCGAGUGGAUCGGAGGCAGCUCCAUUGGCGGCGGCACUUUCUGGGGCCUUGGGGCUCUGCUCACCAAAACCAAGAAGUUCGACGAGCUGCUGCACCUGGCCUCCAGGGGUCAGCAUGCCAACGUGGACAUGCUGGUCCAGGACGUGUACGGCGGGGCCCACCAAACAUUGGGGCUCAGCGGUGACCUCAUCGCGAGCAGCUUCGGGAAGUCAGCCACUGCUGACAGAGAGUUCUCCAAGGAGGACAUGGCCAAGAGCCUGCUGCACAUGAUCAGCAACGACAUCGGCCAGCUGGCCUGCCUGCACGCCCGGCUGCACGGCCUGGGCCGCGUGUACUUCGGCGGCUUCUUCAUCCGGGGCCACCCCACCACCAUGCGCACCAUCUCCUACAGCAUCAACUACUUCUCCAAGGGGGAGGUUCAGGCGCUGUUCCUGCGGCACGAAGGCUAUCUGGGGGCCAUCGGAGCUUUUCUGAAGGGAGCCGAGCAAGACAACCCCAACCAGUACAGCUGGGGCGAGAACUACGCCGGCAGCUCCGGGCUGAUGAGCGCGGCCCCCGACCUGGGCCCGGCGCGGCGGGCGCGCAGCGGCACGUUCGACUUGCUGGAGAUGGACCGACUGGAGAGGCCGCUGGUCUCGCUGCCGCUCCUCCGGGACCCGUCCUCCUACGUGCCCGACACCGUGGACCUGACCGACGACGCCCCGGCACGCCAGUACUGGCUGACCUGCUUCGAGGAGGCCCUAGAUGGGGUCGUGAAGCGCGCGGUGGCCAGCCAGCCCGGCUCCGCGGACGCCGCCGAGCGCGCCGAGAAGUUCCGCCAGAAGUACUGGGACAAGCUGCAGACGCUGCGGCACCAGCCCUUCGCGUAUGGCGCCCUGACCGUGCGCAGCCUUCUGGAAACGCGGGAGCACUGCCUGAACGAGUUCAGUUUCCCGGAUCCCUACUCCAAGGUGAAGCAGAAGGAGAACGGCGUCGCGCUCAAGUGUUUCCAGAGGGUCGUCCGCGCCCUGGACGCGCUGGGCUGGGAGGAGCGGCAGCUGGCCCUGGUGCGGGGCCUCCUGGCGGGGAACGUCUUCGACUGGGGAGCCAAGGCCGUCUCCGACGUCCUGGAGUCUGACCCCCAGUUUGGGUUUGAGGAGGCCAAGCAGAAGCUGCAAGAGCGGCCCUGGCUGGUGGACGCCUACGACGCGUGGCUGCGGAGACUGAAGGGGCCCCCUCACAAAUGUGCCUUAAUUUUCGCAGAUAACAGUGGAGUAGACGUCAUUUUGGGAGUCUUCCCCUUUGUCAGGGAGCUUCUCUCUAGAGGGACGGAGGUGGUCCUGGCCUGCAACUCGGGCCCCGCCCUGAACGACGUGACCCACGGCGAGUCCCUGCUCGUGGCCGAGCGCAUCGCGGCCAUGGACCCCGUCGUCCACUCGGCGCUCAGCGAGGAGAGGCUGCUGCUGGUGCAGACCGGCUCCAGCUCGCCCUGCCUGGACCUCAGCCGCCCUGGACGCGGGCUGGCCGCGCUGGUGCGGGAGCGCGGCGCGGACCUGGUGGUCAUCGAGGGCAUGGGCCGCGCCAUCCACACCAACUACCACGCGGCCCUGCGCUGCGAGAGCCUCAAGCUGGCCGUGGUCAAGAACGCCUGGCUGGCCGCGCGGCUGGGCGGCCGGCUCUUCAGCGUCAUCUUCAAGUACGAGGUCCCGGCCGAGUGAGGCGGCCACCGGGCGC